CCAAUGUGAUUGUCACUACCCUCAUCUUCAGUUCAUUGAACAUCUGCUUUAGAUUUGAAUAUGUUUUUUGAUAUGUUUUUGUUUAUGCUGCCAAGCUCAAUUGAGGGAAUAGAAGAUAACUUUUGAGGCUGCUACCACAUGUAGACCCCUUGGACUUUAUUUCCCUUUGAGCGACUCAUCCGUAAAGCUUGGAUAUCUGUUGUAGCAGAUCUUUUUGUGUCGUGUCCCUCAAGUCUACUCGAUGGACAGUUAUUGAUUUUUUUCUCUUUUUGUUCCACCACCUGCUGUUUUCAUCUUGCAGACGACCGGGUGAAGCUGUUUUGGGUCUUUUGUGGAGUGUGAAAUUUUUUGAGAUAAGUGGAAAGUUUCAAAGGGAAAACUGAGACAAAAGCAUGACGGAUGGACCUGCAGCAAAGUGCUGAAGUCUUCUUUCCAGCAAGACAACACAGUAUCUUCAGAGAUGACCACUGUGUCCAUGGAGUCUGUGGGAGUCCUGGUGGAAAGGAGCACCAAUGCCACAGACACACCUCAGAGCUCUCAUGAGGACACAGCCGCCACCUUCACCAUCGGCACUAUUCUCUCCAUCAUGUGCCUUGUGGGAGUCUUGGGAAACAUCUACACCCUUGUGGUUAUGUGCCAUUCAAUGCGGAAUGCAGCAUCAAUGUACAUUUACAUCAUCAACUUAGCUUUGGCAGAUCUGUUAUAUCUGCUCACCAUCCCGUUUGUAGUGUGCACACACUUCCUAAAAGGGUGGUACUUUGGGGACAUUGGCUGUCGGAUCCUUAUCAGCAUGGACUUUCUGACCAUGCAUGCCAGUAUCUUCACACUGACCAUCAUGAGCACUGAGCGCUACUUUGCAGUUCUCAAACCACUGGAUACAGUGAAACGGUCUAAAAGUUAUCGGAAGGCCAUCGCUCUGCUAGUCUGGGCUGCUUCUCUUAUCCUUACAUUACCAAUGAUCGUGAGCAUUCAGUUAAUGACAGUGGGCAACAAGGCUAUGUGUCUUCCCACCUUGUUACCUCUGUCCUACAAGAUUUACAUCACCUUCCUCUUUUGUACAAGCAUUGUUGCCCCCGGACUGAUCAUUGGCUAUCUUUACAUCCAGCUUGCUCGGACUUACUGGGUUUCACAGACAGAGACCUUCAAACAGACCAAUAAGCUUCCCAAUCAGAAGGUUCUCUACCUGAUUUUUACCAUUGUGCUCCUCUUCUGGGCAUGUUUCUUGCCCUUUUGGAUCUGGCAACUUCUGGGCCAGUUCCAUCCAUCGCUGCCCCUGUCCUACAAAGCCAAGCGCAACAUCAAUUACCUGACGACAUGUCUGACGUACUCCAACAGCUGCAUCAACCCAUUUCUAUACACUCUUCUCACCAAGAACCACAAGGAGUACUUGAGGAAGCACAACCGUUCCUGGUCAGCUGGCAGCUAUUUUAACCGGAGGAGUCGUUUUCAUCGCUCACCACGCCGGUCACCAUCCUCUAGCAGUCAGCAGUGUACAGAGAGCUUCAUGCUCACGCACACAGCCUCCUUGCGUGCACACAACAGCAGUUUGUAAGGAAUUUACAGUGAUGUUCUCCGUCCUUGGUGGAUAUGACUGAGCUGUGCUGAUCAAAGAAAGGAAAAGGACCAAAGACAGGCGCAGUUGACUCUUCAUCUCUACAAUAUCAACAGAAUAAUUGGAAAGAGGAUGAAUAGCGUGUACAUUAGUGCAUAUUAUAAAAAGAAGCUUAGAGCUGGAGCUGUGUAAAAAGCAAAUAAAUGCUUAUACUUAUGUAUACAUACAGUACAUACAUAUAUAAUGUAUAUAUAUAUGUGCUCUUGUCUUUCUCAUGAAUGAAACAUGGACAAGACCUUUUAUGCUAACUAUGUUUACCAUCUGUGCUUCUUGUUAUGCAAUGUGUGAGUCUGCAUGCAAAAUUGUCCCAAAUUGUGAUUAUGUAAUUAAGGCUAAUUCCGCACACAGUUACUACAGAAGCCAUGAAGUUUUGUUUGUGUGUUUUCUUAAUUAGGCCGAAAAGAAAUGUGUCUCACGGCUAAAAAUGCAUGGUUACUGCACAGGUGAUACAGGCUUCACCACCAUCUUCUUCAAGCAUAAUAAAGUAUUCCAACCUGUCUUUAACUGAUCUUAAUUUAUGAUUUUCUCUGCGCUGUUAAAGUUAAAUAUGGAAAUUAUAAUGUGAAGUUUCAAGGGUUUAACUAGAGAUUGCAUGCUUGACAUCAUCUUACAUGCAAUGUUGUUAAACCUAUAUUAGGCAUAUUAGGGCCACAUUGAAAAGAAACAAAGAAUAAGAAGUUAAAAGUCAUGAGAGUAGAGUCGUAAUGUUAUUUUUAGUGGUGGGAUUUGAUUUUAAAUUCAAAUAGAUUGCCGCUGAUCACUGAAUGAAAGAAUAGACCUGUACCUGCACCAUCAGGCCACUGCAAAAACAAGCAGAUGAGUUGAACGGUUAACAAAUAGCAAUUAUAGGAACAUGCAGGUUUUUUUUCCCUUCAUGCAGCAAAUAAACUUUGCUGUUAGCCUAAAUUAGUUGUGUCCAAACCUUUCCCACAAAGGACCACAUACUGAAAAAUAUUUUGUAAAGCAACACAUAGAUAUGCUAAGUUAUAUAUAUUUCAAGAAAAACUGCAUCUCAGUUUUGUAAAAUAGGUGAAAAAGCAUAUUAUUUGUAUGAACUCCGGUCUUUGCUAGGUUUUUGGGGGUUUUUUUCCAUUUUUGCCUAUUUUUUUUUUACAUUUUCUAAAUAUUUAAACUUUCUUCUUAAAUAAUCUUCUUAAUUUUCUUUUUGGAAUUGUCAGGAAGGGGUUCAGGGUCGUGUGAGUAAAAGUUGAGAGUCUACUGUUACUCAGAUUCAUUAACAGGGGAGGCGUGAAUCCUCGGAGGGCAGUGCCAGGACGGCUUGGCAGCGAACGCAGGGCAGAAGAUGAAUCCCACUGCAAAAGUGCACAAAAAAACGGUGGUCAAAAAGAGUGGUAAAAACACGAAGAAACCAUCUUAAGAAAGCCGGUGUUACCACUCGAGGGUUUGGAACAAUAUUUUUCUCUUUAUUUUGUUUUGCUUGUUUCUCAUAUUACAUCUUUCAAAAAAUAAUGUAUUUUUGUCUUAAUAUUUCAACUCUAUGCUACUAAAAUGAUAUUAUUUUUCCUUAUUAUAUUAUACUUUUUUUCUCAUUAGAAUACGACUUUAUCACGUAAAAUUGCAGCUUGUUUUCCAUUUCUGCUGCUUUUUACCAGCUAUUUCAGCUUCCUUUUUUAAAAAACUUUCUUCUCCUAAUUAUGACUUUAUUCCCAUGAUAUUUUGACUUUAUUCUUGUAACAUUAUAACUUUUGUGUGACUGAAUUUUCCAAAAAUUACAACUUUAUUAGCUAUUGGCUUUUUCUGAUAUUGUGACAAAAAAAACGCAAUUUUUUUCUUUAAUAUUUAAACUUUAUGCUACUGAAAUGCCAUUAUUUUUCUCAUAAAAGAACGUAAAAUUACCACUUCUCAUUAGAUGGCAACUUUUUUCUUUUAAUAUAUUGACUUUAUUCUUGUCAAAUUUUUGCUUUUUUUCCUUUUUUAAGAUUUUUUUUUUUGUUUUCUUGAUGCACUACGGACAACCCUGGCCUAAAUUAUUUUUAGCAAGCAUUAAUUAUUAUAAAAUAAAAUAAUAUAUAAUAGGGGUGUCACAAGAGCUUGUGACACAAGAUCUCGCAAGAUUAGAAUGUGACAAGAUUUUCUCAUUCAGACAGAAUGUGCCUGUUUUCGUCAUUUCUCGCCUCCAACCAGGCAGGAAAGGGGUUCACAUUGUGCAUUGGUUUCAGCACCUUGGCACACUUGCUUCAUGGAGCAACGGCAUGAACGGAGUGAGCCCUUUUGUUAGUCAUACAGUCCCUUUGUCUCGGUGGGUGGAGGCGAGGCCGGUAGCAUACACACACAGAGUGCAGAAGAGCAAGGUAAUGUAGUAGACAUUAAAUUAGUACACUGCAAUAUGUUGUCAUAUCUAUUUUUCAUUGUACUCAUUGUACAUUAUAAAAAGUAAUGUUAAAAUCUCGUUUUUUUUACCUUUGUGGCUUUAAUAUUACUUGGUAAAGUUACGAACAUUCCAAACAACCUUUUUUUUCAUGUUGCAUCAACAAUUUUAAAUUGCUUGGAAGCAAUGCAAAUAAAAAAGUCAUCUUUAAAAUAACAUACACAAUAAUAUACACAAAAUUCUGCUUUAGUUCAUUUGCCAUAGAGAUGUAGUUGCUUGCAAACUAUAUCCGAUGUAAUUACAGUUUUGAUUUUGCUGUAA